AUGGCAUGUCCAUUCAUUGAGGAUGAGGAGCCAAUUGAUGAAGGGGCACAAAUAAUUCAAAGGGCCUUCUUCAGGCGACCACCAGCCCCAAGGGUCUUCCAGGAGAGGACUAACCCACUGGAACAAAGUGAUUCUUUCCUGUGGGAGAGGUAUCCAUUCAGCCGGCAAAGCAUAGUGUAUUUAUGCACUUUGCUGGAGCCACACAUAAGGAAGGUCACUAGCCGCAGCCAAUCACUGACCCUUGUGCAAUCUGUAUGUAUUGCACUGCGGUUCUUUGCCAGCGGUACAUUUCUGUAUAGUGUUGGAGAUGCUGAGGGACUAAGUAAAGCAACUGUUUGCAGAGAGGUAGGCCUACUUAGAUCAGUUGGAUUAUUUCUUACAUCACCAAACAUCAUACAUAGGUUGCAAGAUGAUCACAUGACAUGGAUAUGAAUUAGUAAAUGAACAAAAAAAACCUUUAUUACAGGUAAGAGCAGUCUGUCUUGCCCUUAAAGAGUUCCUCAAUAUCUUCAUCACCUUCCCAAGCCAUCAUGGGAUACAAAGGAUCAAAGAGGGAUUUUAUGCAAUUGCAGGUAUGUGACAUUUAAAUGCAUGCAAUGUGAAGUGAAAUGGUCCACAGGUUGACAUAUGGCACUUUUAUCCUCUCACAUAGGCUUUCCCAAUGUCCUUGGCUGCAUUGACUGCACGCAUAUCCAGAUCCAGGCCCCACCUGGACCUGUGGAAAGGGACUUUGUGGAUCGAAGGAAUAACCACAGCCUGAAUGUGCAGGUACAUAGCCUAUGGAGCUACUGUACAUGUCCUACUGCUAGUGUCCAGUGUCACUGAUGUCACCCUGCAUGCUGACAGAUGAUCUGUAAUUCUAAGUUGCUCAUCACAAACAUGGAGGCCAAAUGGCCUGGCGGUGUCCAUGAUGCUAGGAUACUAAGGGAAAGCCAUCUGGCACAAAGGCUUGCACAAGGUAAGACAACCUUCAUCAUGUCUCAACACUAGCAUGGAUGAGGGUCUGCAAAGAUGAAUGAAUGAAUCAUGUAAUUCAUAGCCACUGUUUUCUCACCUUGCAGGGGGGUUUGAGGGGGUCCUUCUCGGGGACAGGGGUUAUCCCUGCCUCCCAUACCUUUUAACCCCAUAUCCUGAGCCAAGGGCUGCAGCUGAGGCAGCCUUUAAUAAUGCCCUCAGCACCACCACGGCACGAAUUGAGAUGGUUUUUUGCCUGCUCAAGUCUGGGUUAAAGACUGCUUUGAUCAACCUUUAAUGCAGAAAAUAUCUUUGUACAAAAUUUCAUUUUAACAUGUCGUCUUGUUCCAAUCUCUGCAGGUUCCAGUGCUUAAAAUAUCUGAGGCGGGCUCCUGACCGGGCCUGUGACAUAGUGGUUGCGUGCGCAGUACUCCACAACAUAGCCACCAUCCGGAGGGAGAGGCUUCCACAGCUUCUCCCCGAAGACAGAUGGGAAGAGCCUGCCCCUGUACAGGGACCCAGAGAUGGGAGGAUCCUGA